AUGCGAACGGCAGUUCUCGUUUGGCUCACCCUACAGAAUAGCAUCCAUACGUUGUUAAUUCGAUACUCCAGAGCUCGUCAGGUAGAACAUAUGUUCUUACCAACAGUUGCUGUAUUUUUCACAGAAGUCAUGAAAUUGUUCGUUUGUCUCGGAUUUGUUCUUCAGGAUGAGACUCCAAAACGGUUUCUCCCUACAAUCAUGGAUCAGGUUGUACGACAACCAUAUGACACGCUUAAAGUGUGUAUUCCCGCGAUGGUGUACAUGGUGCAAAAUAAUUUAUUCUACGUUGCUGCAUCACAUUUGGACGCAGCUACAUUCAUGAUCACUUCACAACUAAAGAUAUUUACUGCUGCUAUUUUCACUGUUAUUAUUCUGCACCGAUCUUUAACCCGAGCGCAGUGGUUCGCCUUGCUUAUCCUCUUUACCGGUGUGUCUCUAGUCCAGUUACAGUCGUCGAAAUCAGAUGCAUCAGGAUUGGGCGGUGAAAAGCCUGUAAUCGGUUUUAUGGCAGUUGUGAUAGCUUGCUGUCUUUCUGGAUUUGCUGGAAUCUAUUUCGAGAAGAUUUUGAAAGGAUCGGCACCAGUGUCAUUGUGGAUGCGAAAUGUUCAGAUGUGUGUCUUCGCAAUUCCUUCAUCGUUUGCGGCUGUCAUUUGGCAAGACGGAAACGUUGUGGCCAGGGAAGGCUUAUUAUACGGCUUUGAUUGGGUUGUGUGGUUAACGGUUCUUUGGUAUUGUAUUGGAGGUCUUUCUGUGGCAGUUUGCAUCAAGUAUGCGGACAACAUUGCAAAGAAUUUUGCGACAUCCGUAGCUAUUAUUCUGGCCACCAUUGGCUCAAUAGUAUUCUUCGGUUUUCAACCAACGGCUCAAUUUCUGUUCGGUGCUUCUUUAGUGAUAUUCAGUAUCUUUACGUAUUCCUCGUCACAAUCAAUGGUGAGGAUGGUCCGAAGUACAAUGAAGGCAAAUCUGUUUCUAUAG